UAGGUCAGGAGAAACAUUGCAAUUUGUCGACGCAUAAUACUUGGAGCAAUAGUCCCCCCUUGGUUGGAGGAUUGCUAAUUGCCACAGCUCAGCCCAGAGAUAUCGGGCUCCCCAACGCCAAGUUCAUCGUCUGGGACUAUACAAAAACUGUAAUAAUGACGGCUGAAAGAAUCCAAUCGCAACAUUCAGCCAUUUGCUCCCCACGACGGCAGUGGCAGCUUAAGCCAUUCGUAGCAAGUGUUCACAUGUCCCUGCCAUUCUCCGGCCCAGACCCGGUCCAACCCCCAUUUCUAUCCUCUGAGCAGCCCAAUAUUGAAAAGCUCAAGGCUAACUUUUAGUUCACAAUGCCAAGGAUAGAAAGGACCAUCUCAGCCGUCUCUCCAGGGACACGGGUUGAUGCAGCGUGCCGUGCUGUGACCAGGGCAGGGCGUUACACUCAUCUCACAUCGAAUUACUAGCUCGCAUGAGGCGGCAGAUGUCCUAAAAAAACAAACUCCUUUUUCUUCUGAUUGCCGGUGGCUGGCUUGCCACAUGCUUUGACUAGCAGGAGGUGGUUCAAAAAGCCUCGAAUGUUUCGCGAUGUUGAUAGGACCAACGCUGGAAUAGACGUCGAAUCAAUCAAAUGAUUACGACUAAACGCUCCAAGGCGUAACGACUAUUGAUCGGUAAUGACCUUUUUCAUCAUGCCAACAACGGCCCAGACUUUUCCAUCGGUGGUGAAAAGCCUUGGUAAAGAACCCCCCCUUGCUUCAGCCCAACGACGUGCAGGUAUUGGGCAAACCGAGAGGGCGGGCAUAACGAGUGUACAUGGGAAGAUUGCGCCAUCUGCGCUAUUCGAACGUUUUUGGAAGUGCUGGAAGUCGCUCCGGUAAAGGCGACCACCCGAGGCUCCAUAAUGAGGGACCCUUUACUGCUGGAACGCCAGGGCGGUUCUAGGAUCCCAUGUCCGUGUAUCUGGUGCAAACGUGGCCAGCCCUCCAGCCGUGUCUUGGAUGUUUGUG